AUGCCGUGGUCGAUGAAAGGAAAGUCACCUCCCAGCUCUAGGCCAACACGGCUACUUGCAUCGACGAGGCACCUCCGCCAACCGCUCUUCACUUUCACCCACCAUGCCAGGAACCUCAAAACAGUGGCAGAGACAGUUGCGCCGAUCAGCAUAGAGGACUUCAGAAGAGUUGCAUUUCAAGCUCAAAGGCCUCUUCUUAUACGACCAAGCUCCAAACCCUCUACGUUGAGCCCUUGCCCCAACCAGCAAAAUGAUGCCAAUACCCAAACAAACACUUCGACUUCACCAACUAUACUACCCGCCCUAACCAAAUGGUUCAACUCCUCUUCGACAUUCGGAAAGACCUCAUUAACUCCGUACCUUGACAACUUCCGAUCUACCAUCCUCCCUUACGAACUCUCGUUCCCAAACUCAGCCCAAGUCUUAGGUUUCAUGUCUUGGCUACAACGGUCCUCCUCCUCCUCACCAACGGCAUCCAGCGAUUCACACCCGGACUCCAACUCCAGCUCAGACUCACAAUCCCGUCUCGCCCUAGCCCACCUCCUUAAAAACUAUAUCACUCACCACUCCUCCUCCUCCUCUUCAGAGUUCCUCAUUCUCGACCUCCCCCUCCACCUCCUCCUCCUUGCCCACCACUACAACAUGUUUCUGUCCUCCUCCCAAACCCCUCCCAACCCCCCGCUCACAAACCUCUACAUAGCCCAAGCGCCCCUCUCCCACCUCCCUUCACCCCUCCGAUCCGACCUCCCUACCCCUCUCUUGGUUUCCCACGCCGGCCGCGGAGACAUCUACUCUUCCAGCAUCUGGCUCGGCUUACAACCGACAUAUACGCCUUGGCAUAGAGACCCGAACCCAAACUUGUUUUGCCAGUUGUGUGGGACAAAAGUCCUGCGGCUGAUGGCGCCCAAGAGGGGAGAGGCACUGUUUCGGGGGGUGAUGGCUUCCUUGGCCGUGGCGGCGGGGUCUGGGAAAAUAAGAGGGGAGGAGAUGAUGAAGGGGGAACAGAGGAGGGCUUUGGAGAGGGCUGUUUGGGCUGGUGACGGCGAAGGGGCGGAUGACAUGAUGUACGAGGUGACGGUGCAGGCAGGGGAUAUGUUGUUUAUGCCAUUGGGGUGGUGGCAUAGUGUCAAAAGCGCGGGCGAGGAGGGGGGCAUUAAUGGGAGUGUGAAUUGGUGGUUUCGGUAGAUGGAGGUUGGCAGCCGGGAUGGAGAUGAAGGAUGUGGUCGGACAAGAGACCGGGACACUGAGUCUUUUAAAAGACAAAAACAUGAAGAAAAACAGGUACCCGAAGCGAUCCCAGAGAGCGCAGGGCAUCUCUCAUCCCGACCGAUCACAUGGCGCACAGGAGCUACCUUAUCGAUGGACAACAGUACACUCCGGAAAACAGGACGGAGAGGUCGAUUAAAAGGUUUCAAAGGCACCUAGGUCAAACGCGUACAGUGUCAUAGUAACAAGCACUUGCUCCGCGGAAAACAGACGAGUCAGACAACAAUGUCAAAUUAUUCACAAG